UCCAACGCCGCCUCAAGCUGGCAACCGGGCUGCUCGAUCGCCUCCUUUCCGCAAAAACAAGAAGCGGAAGGAAAAGGAAAGAGCCCCAGACUGGCCGCGGGCUUCUCCCCAGUCCUGGGAGCCGCGAGGUAGGAGGUGCAGAAUUGCGCAACCCCUCGGCUGAGCCGGAGAAGCCGCUGCCUUCCGACCGAGGCCGCGUGGGAACAUCGCGGGCGACUUUUCUCCAUUGUUCUCCGGUCUUUCCCGAACGGGCAGACUAUGGGCGUAAAGCCGGCGCGGCAGAGAGUUUCCAGCAGCUCUUCUGAUCCUCGGUGGAAAACUGGAUGAUUAGUGGAUGCAAGUUAAGGCGUAUUUCCUUUCGUCAUCCUCCCUCUGUAAUUGGUUUCUUGGGAAGAAGCGGCCCGCAACAAAAGUUUUAAUACUCUGGGGAUCCUCGCCGUCCCGUAAAGCCUCGGGCUGCCAUCCUUAAACGCCUUGGACCCCAGCCGGAUUGUUGCAACUUUUUCGAGGAAGAGCUGAACCAGAGACCACAAGGAAGGAGUUUCAGGCUAGAUAUCAGGAGGAACUUCCUGCCUCUACAAGCUGUUAACCAGUUGGACACACUGACACAUGAAGUGGCAAGAGUGCAGGUUUGAAGAUGCUACUUGCAAGAUAUCCGAAUCUGAUACUGAAGACUUAUUGGAUGAAGCAAAUACUGAAACUUUCUAUGGAACCUCCCCUCCUAGCACACCACGGCAGAUGAAACGCCUGUCAACAAAACAUCUGAAAAGUAAUAUUGGGAAACCUACCAACCGUUCUGCUUUGAAAGAGAAAAUGAGCUCACCCAACCAGCUGCCUAACAAAGAUAAUAUUAAAAUCUCCGAGAACUCAGAAGAGCACAGCUAUAAGCAGGGGAAAAAGAUCCGAGCCACCCUAAGGACAACUGAGAGGGAUCACAAGAAAAACGUACAGUGUUCAUUCAUGUUGGACUCGGUUAGUGGGUCCUUGCCAAAAAAGUCGAUUCCGGAUAUUGAUCUCAAUAAGCCUUACCUCAGCCUUGGCUGCAGCAAUGCUAAGCCUCCAGUAUCUGUACCCGUGCCUAUAGCCAAAACUACACGUCAGACGUCUCGUACUGAUUACCCAGCAGACCGCUUAAAAUUUUUUGAGACCCUGCGGCUAUUGCUAAAGCUUACCUCAGUUUCCAAGAAAAAGGACAAAGAGCAGAAAGGCCAGGAAAGCACUUCCUCUGUUGAAUUAAACCGAUCCAAUGAAUUAAUAUGGCUUGAACUGCAGGCAUGGCACGCAGGGCGGACUAUUAAGGACCAAGACUUCUAUUUGUACACAGCUCGUCAAGCCAUCCCUGAUAUUAUCAAUGAAAUUUUUACUUUCAAGGUAAACUAUCGGAACCUCUCCUGUGUGGGAAAUGGAGCUAGUCUUAAUGGUACGUCGGCAAGACAGUGUAAAGCAGCCCAUGUAAUGGGCUACUCAAGCUAUCAUGAGCACCUCCAUCGCCAGCGGGUCUCUUUUGAACAGGUAAAGCGGAUAAUGGAGCUGCUAGAAUAUGUAGAAGCACUUUAUCCAUCUCUGAAGGCCCUUCAAAGUGACUAUGAAAAAUAUGCUGCAAGGGAUUUUCAGGACAGGGUGCAGGCACUUUGUCUUUGGUUAAACAUUACAAAAGAUUUAAACCAGAAACUAAGGAUUAUGGGGACUCUUUUGGGCAUCAAGGAUCUUUCUGACAUUGGCUGGCCAGUGUUUGAAAUCCCUUCUCCUCGUUCAUUCAGGGACAACAAUCCAGACGAUGAAGUUUACGAUGAAGACGAUGAUGAUGAUAGGGUAACCUCAGGUGCAUGCACAGAGGAAAGUGAAGAUGAAGAACAAAUCUUUGAGGGGAAUGUGGAGGAACUCAGACAAGCCAUCCGGAAUAAUCUUGCCAAUACAAAUUUUGACUUUGAGGCAGAGGAACAUUUGUCAAGAAAGCUUGAUGGGCUUGAAUCUGAAGAUGACUCAAUCUGCCGGGCAGUUACAGAGUCCAGCAGAGAGGCAGGCUAUGGCAGACCUUAUUUGACUGCUAUUUAUAGGCCAUUUGUAGAUAAAGCACUGAAACAGAUGGGGUUGAGGAAACUCAUUUUAAGACUGCACAAGUUAAUGCAUGGCUCCUUGCAGAGGGCCCGAAUGGCAUUGAUAAAGAGCAAUCAGCAGCUGGAGUUUUCUGAAUACCCAGAUCCCAUUUUAAGUUCAGAUUAUGUGCAGUUGUCAAAUUCUCCGGCUUCUUCAGAUCAAAAAUGCAGUACUGUAUCAUGGGAAGAGUUGAAAUCUAUGGAUUUGCCAUCUUUUGAACCUGCCUUUCUGGUUCUUUGCCGAGUUCUUCUCAAUGUUAUCCACGAGUGUCUCAAAUUAAGAUUGGAACAGCAGCCUGCUGGGGAGCCAUCCCUCUUGAGUAUUAAGCAGCUAGUGCGCGAGUGUAGAGAGGUUCUAAAAGGUGGCCUCCUGAUGAAGCAAUAUUACCAGUUUAUGUUACGUGAGGUUGUGGAUGACCUUCAGAAGCACUGCAACAUCGAUUCUUUCGAAGACGACUUGCAUAAGAUGUUAAUGGUUUAUUUUGCUUACAUGGGAAGCUGGAUCCAAAUGCUACAGCAGUUACCUCAGGCAUCUCAUAGUUUAAAGAAUCUUUUGGAAGAAGAAUGGAAUUUCACCAAAGAAAUAACGCCUUAUAUACGAGGAGGUGAAGCUCAAGCUGGAAAACUAUUCUGUGACAUUGCAGGAGUACUAUUAAAAUCAACAGGAAUCUUUUUGGACUCUGGCUUACAAGAGAGUUGUAAUGAAUUUUGGGCUAGUGCUGAUGACAGUGCUGCUUCAGAUGAAAUCAGGAGGUCUGUUAUAGAAACCAGCCGGGCAUUGAAAGAGCUAUUUCAUGAAGCUAGAGAGAGAGCAUCGAAAGCUCUUGGCUUUGCCAAGAGAUUAAGAAAGGACCUUGAAAUAGCAGCGGCGUUCACAUUAUCUGCCUCUGUGAGAGAUUUCCUUGCUGCUCUGAAAGCACAGCAAUACACAAAGGUACAAAUUCCGGGGCUUGAAACUUUACAAAUCUUCAUGCCAGAUACUUUUGCACGGGAAAAAUCUCUUAUCUUGCAGUUGCUUAAUGCAGCUGCUGGAAAGGAUUGCUCAAAAGAUUCUGAUGAGGUCACAGGGGAAUCGUUUUUACUGAUGACAAAAUACAGUGAAAAAGACCAAGAAUUUGAUGACAGCUGGAGCAGUUGGGAAGGCCAGCCAAUCAAAAUAGUUCCUCAAGUGGAAACUAUUAAUACACUAAGAAGUAUGCAGGUCGACAACCUCCUCCUUGUGGUAAUGCAGCCGGUUCAUCUUGUGAACCAGAGAAAAGCCUUUCAACAGUUACUUGAAGGAUUGAUCUCUUUGCAGCAGGAGCAAACUUCCAGCCAACCAGAAAUUGCCACAGCUUUGCAACAGUUGAAGAGUGAUGCUUUGCACCUGUGCAAUAAGAUCAGCAGCGCAAUCGAUAGAGUUGAUCAUAUGUUCACUUCCGAAUUUGAUGCUGAACUUGAUGAAUCAGAAUCUGCUACCCUGCAGCAAUAUUAUAGAGAAGCCAUGAUUCAGUGUUACAACUUCGGCUUUGAGUAUCACAAAGAAGUCAUCCGACUAAUGUCUGGAGAAUUUAGACAGAAAAUAGGAGACCAGUAUAUCAGUUUUGCAAGAAAAUGGAUGAAUUAUGUCCUCACUAAAUGUGAGAGUGGUCGAGGCACCAGACCCAGGUGGGCAACACAGGGAUUUGAUUUUCUUCAAGCCAUUGAGCCAGCCUUUAUUUCUGCUCUGCCUGAAGAUGAUUUCUUGAGUUUGCAGUCAUUGAUGAAUGAAUGUAUUGGCCAUGUUAUUGGAAAGCCUCACAGUCCUGUUACAGGUUUGUACCUUGCUAUUCAUCGGAAUAGCCCUCGCCCCGUGAAAGUACCCCGAUGCCAUAGUGAUCCCCCAAAUCCUCACCUCAUCAUCCCAACCCCUGAAGGGUUCAGGGGCUCCAGUGUUCCUGAAAAUGAUCGCCUGGCUUCAAUUGCUGCUGAACUACAGUUUAGAUCACUAAGCCGACAUUCAAGUCCCACAGAAGAACGAGAAGAGCCAUCUUAUCCAAAAGGGGAUACAAGUGGAACAGCCCGAAGAAGUUGGGAGCUUCGGACUCUUAUCAGUCAGACCAAAGACACUGCUUCCAGGCAGGGACCUAUGGAAGCAGUUCAGAAAUCUGUCCAGCUGUUUGAAGAAAAGAGGUAUCGGGAAAUGAGACGGAAAAACAUCAUUGGCCAAGUUUGUGACACACCCAAAUCCUAUGAUAAUGUCAUGCAUGUAGGCUUAAGAAAAGUCACUUUUAAGUGGCAGAGAGGAAACAAAAUUGGAGAAGGCCAAUAUGGGAAAGUUUAUACCUGUAUCAGUGUUGACACUGGUGAAUUGAUGGCAAUGAAAGAAAUAAGAUUUCAACCCAAUGAUCACAAAACGAUAAAAGAAACUGCAGAUGAAUUGAAGAUUUUUGAAGGCAUUAAGCAUCCUAAUCUGGUCCGCUACUUUGGUGUAGAACUUCAUAGGGAAGAAAUGUACAUCUUUAUGGAGUAUUGUGACGAGGGGACCCUGGAAGAAGUGUCAAGGCUGGGCCUCCAGGAGCAUGUUAUUCGACUCUACACAAAGCAGAUCACAACUGCCAUCAAUGUGUUGCACGAACAUGGAAUAGUGCAUCGAGAUAUUAAAGGAGCAAACAUCUUUCUUACAUCAUCAGGAUUGAUAAAGCUGGGAGAUUUUGGCUGCUCGGUAAAAUUAAAGAAUAAUACCCAGACAAUGCCUGGAGAGGUGAAUAGUACUCUGGGAACUGCUGCAUACAUGGCUCCUGAAGUGAUUACUAGAGCUAAAGGAGAAGGCCACGGGCGAGGAGCAGACAUCUGGAGCCUUGGAUGUGUUGUGAUUGAAAUGGUCACAGGGAAGAGACCCUGGCAUGAAUUUGAGCACAACUUUCAGAUCAUGUACAGGGUAGGGAUGGGUCAUAAGCCUCCGAUUCCUGAAAAGAUAAGUCCAGAAGGAAAAGGUUUCCUUUCUCAUUGCCUGGAGAGUGAUCCAAAGAUGAGAUGGACAGCUAGCCAGCUCCUCGAUCAUUCGUUUGUCAAGGUGUGCACAGAUGAAGAAUAAAGCUAUGCACAUGGUUGCCUGUACUCGGGUGAAGUAUUUUUGAAUCACUACUAUAUGUAAUAUUUACAUUUGGACUGUGUUGAGACACAGGAUAUGACUCAAGGCCUAACAUGACUGAAGACUGCACAAGUGACAGGCGUCACUUUUACUGCUGCUGCUCUUUGUUUCCCUUGGCACCUGUUGUUCCCCUGGCAGCCCCCAUGAGUUUAAAGAAGCUGCAUGUUUCAGUGAAAGUGCCAUUACUACUGUAUAAUGGACCAUGAACUUAUUUUUUGUCCUUUCUCUGUUUCUCAGAUGACUGAGAACUGUAAUGUUAAUAUGUAGGAUUUUUGAACUUUUAGGUUCAAAAACAAAGUUAGUGUUAUAUCAGGCAGUCUGAACCUUAUUUUUAAUCUGUUUGUUGAGUGCACUAACUGUGAACUUCUACUUUUCUGUUAUUGUUUUUUUUUUUGUUUCUGUUUUUUAUUGGCCAGCUUGAUUUGUUAUGCAGACGUUGAUUGAAGAAAUUUAAAAGCUUUUUCUCAAUAAAUGGUUUAUUUUAGGAAGUCUUUUGUU